AUGUUCGCGAUACCGAUAUAUGCACGCCACUCCUUCUCGUAUUUCUCCCCCAAGUCGCCAGAAUACGGGGUACAUAGACCAAGGAUGAGUUUCGACGAUCCAAAGGCGUCAUACUCUCGGUAUGGUUCUUCCUCUUCCCAGGAACAUUCAGACGCUCUCGACUUCAUGAUCCCUCCUUUUGCAAUGCACUUCGCUAAUUAUCACCUUCUCCCCUACAGGACGAUGCACGCUCACACCGUCAAACAAAUUGAGCAUCUCUCUCCCCACAUGCCGAAAUCUCCACCACCGACGUUCAAACCACACAGCCCUACCUUGACCGGACUUUCCAGAACCAAGCAGCCAGGAGUGCUGCUCUGCUCCCCUCGAGUUUCGAGCGCACGUCCUAAUCUUUCCGAACCCGCGACCCUGAUUAGCCCAUUGGCGCUGUCUUCGCUGCUUGGGAAACCGCGGUCGACAUGUCAUGUUGAAUCCGGACUAGGGGCGAAGACGCUGCAGCCGGGACAGGGUUCGGAUAUGAAGACGCCUUCCAAUACCACGCCGAGCAAAGAAGAGGGGGGAGAGCGGAGUGGCGCUGAAGCAGAUGAAACGAGCCAGGGAAGAAGACCUGAGAACGGUCGCCAAUGUCAGGGAUCGAGGAUACCAGGAGGAUGA